AGUCAAAACGUAGUACACUACUGUAUGGAGUACUAGACUAGACUACUCCGGAAACACACAAUCCCGCACCCCUAUAAAUCCUCACACCCUCACCUCGUCUUCAUCCUCACUCAUCCCCCACACAGCGCACACAACACAAACACACAAGCACACAUCGAACGAGAUCCAAACCAGCCAAGAACAAUGGCGGGCGAGAAGGGCCUGGUGCUGCUGGACUUCUGGGUGAGCCCGUUCGGGCAGCGCGUCCGCAUCGCGCUGGCCGAGAAGGGCCUGCCCUACGAGUACGUGGAGGAGGAUCUCAUCGCCGGCAAGAGCGACCGCCUCCUCCGCUCCAACCCGGUCCACAAGAAGAUCCCAGUGCUCCUCCACGACGGCCGCCCCGUCAACGAGUCACUCAUCAUCCUCAACUACCUCGACGACGCCUUCCCGGACGCCCCGGCCCUCCUCCCCUCCGACCCCUACGCGCGCGCGCAGGCCCGCUUCUGGGCCGACUACGUCGACAAGAAGGUCUACGACUGCGGCACCCGGCUCUGGAAGGUCAAGGGAGAGCCGCAGGCGCAGGCGCGCGCCGAGAUGCUGGAGAUCCUCAAGACCCUCGACGGCGCGCUCGGGGACAAGCCCUUCUUCGGCGGCGACAAGUUCGGGUUCGUCGACGCCGCCUUCGCGCCCUUCACCGCAUGGUUCCACAGCUACGAGAGGUACGGCGAGUUCAGCCUGGCGGAGGUGGCGCCCAAGAUCGCGGCGUGGGCCAAGCGGUGCGGCGAGCGGGAGAGCGUCGCCAAGAGCCUCUACUCGCCCGAGAAGGUCUACGACUUCAUCGGCCUGCUUAAGAAGAGGUACGGCAUCGAGUAGGCGCGCCGGCGGACCGCCAUGCACGCGCAAGCCGGCCGGCCGGCCGGCCUGCCGGAAGGAAGCUACAGAUAAAAAUUAUGGAGCGAUUUGGGUGGCCUGCAGUGCGUGCGUUUGGAUAUUUCUUUCUUUAUUAGUGGAAUAAAUUGUUCGCGUGUGAGUGGUUGGUAGUAUAUGGUUGGGUCAGGCAGUGUGGGUGCGUGUUGUGCUCUCCUGCUCUAUGUGUGUGUCAUGUGUCAACCCUGGUCUUCGGUGGGGGCAGCACCGAGUUGCCACCUGCGAUUCCAUUUCUAUACCCGCUCCGUGCGAUGAAUAAAUUAAGAAGGCUGUGAGUCGAUUUGAUUUGGCCUCACCGUUGGAUUUC